GAGUGCAGUACAAUGGAGAAUUUCUCUGUUUCUUUAAGAAUGGAAGAAGAUGAAGAAGAGGCUCUCAAAUGGGCUGCAAUUGAGAAAUUACCCACAUUUGAUCGUUUGAAGAGGGGUUUAUUAAGUUCAUCAAAUGGGGGUGUUAAUGAAGUUAAUGUUGGCAAUCUUGGAGUUCAAGAAAGGAUGAGAUUGAUGGAGAGGUUGGUGGGUAUCAGUGCUGAGGAUAACCAAAAGUUCUUGUUGAAGCUCAAGGAUCGCCUUGAUAGAGUUGGAAUCGAGCUUCCUACGAUUGAAAUUAGGUUUGAAAAUCUGAACAUUGAAGCAGAAGCAAGUGUGGGUAGCAGGGCACUGCCAACGCUCUUCAACUUCUCUUUCAAUAUUGCAGAGGGCAUUUUGAAUUCUCUUCAUAUCAUUUCUAGUAGAAAGACACAUUUGAACAUCCUCAAAGAUGUUAGUGGAAUCAUCAAGCCAUCAAGAAUGACUUUGAUUUUGGGUCCUCCAAGUUCUGGAAAGACCACUCUUUUACGAGCUUUGGCUGGAAGGCUUGAUCCCUCACUAAAGGUUUCUGGAAGUGUGACAUACAAUGGUCAUGGUAUGGAUGAGUUUGUGCCACAAAGGACUGCAGCCUACGUUAGUCAACAUGAUCUCCAUAUGGGAGAAUUGACCGUAAGGGAAACUUUGGCUUUCUCUGCAAGGUGCCAAGGAGUCGGAACGCAAUAUGACUUGUUAUCAGAAUUAUCAAGAAGAGAGAAAAGUAUGAAUAUUAGGCCUGAUCAUGAUAUUGAUACCUUCAUGAAGGCAGUGGCAACAGAAGGUCAAGAGACUAGUCUCAUCACAGAUUAUAUUAUAAAGAUUUUAGGACUAGAACCCUGUGCAGAUACUAUGGUAGGGAAUGAGAUUAUGAGGGGUAUAUCGGGAGGACAAAGAAAGCGUCUUACAACAGGUGAGAUGCUUGUUGGACCGGCCAAGGUUCUGCUUAUGGACGACAUAUCUACUGGCUUGGACAGCUCAACAGCUUUCCAAAUUGUGGAUUCACUAAAGCAGUUUGUUCACAUACUUAAUGAAACCAUUUUUAUCUCCCUUCUCCAACCGACACCAGAGACAUACGAUCUCUUCGACGAUGUCAUCCUCCUAUCUGAUGGUCAAAUAGUGUACCAGGGUCCUCGUGAGCUUGUGCUUGAAUUUUUUGAAUCUAUGGGCUUCAAGUGCCCGGAAAGAAAAAGUGUGGCCGACUUCUUGCAAGAAGUGACAUCAAGCAAAGAUCAGAAGCAGUAUUGGGCAUCUAAGGAUGAACCUCACCGUUUUGUUACCGUAAAGGAGUUCUCUGAGGGAUUCUGGUCAUUCCAUGUAGGAAGGAGACUUAGAGACGAGCUUGCAACUCCAUUUGACAAGACCAAAAGUCACUCUGCUGCUUUGACAACCAAAAAUUAUGGUGCCAGCAAGAAGGAGCUAAUGAAGGCUUGCUUCUCAAGAGAAGUUUUGCUUAUGAAGAGAAACUCGUUUGUGUACAUCUUUAAGCUAUUUCAAAUGACCAUUAAUGUACUGAUUACAACAACUGUCUUCCUUCGGAGUAAUAUGCAUCGAGAUUCGGUGACUGAUGGAGGAAUCUAUGUUGGUGCCUUGUACUUCUCUGUGAUAAUGUUCUUGUUUUUUGGCAUGGGAGAACUUCCCAUGACCGUUUCAAGGCUUCCAAUUUUUUACAAGCAAAGGGAUCUCCUAUUCUAUCCUUCAUGGGCAUAUUCUCUUCCAACAUGGUUCCUCAAAAUCCCUAUCACAUUAGUAGAAGUUGGCGUCUGGGUAUUUAUCUCCUACUAUGCUAUUGGAUUUGACCCUAACGUUGGAAGGCUAUUUAAGCAAUUCCUCCUGCUUGCGUCUAUGAGCCAGAUGGCUUCUGCACUAUUCCGACUCAUCGCUUCGUUGGGAAGAGAAAUGAUCUUUGCCAACACAUUUGGGUCAUUUGCACUGCUCGUGCUCAAUAUCUUGGGUGGCAUGGUCCUUUCUCGAGAUGAUAUAAAGGUUGAGUGGAUAUGGGGUUAUUGGAUUUCACCUGUGACAUAUGGACAGAAUGCAAUAGUAGUUAACGAGUUCCUUGGGAAGAGUUGGAGCAAGGUCCUUCCCAAUUCCUCCGAACCUUUGGGAGUUGAAGUUUUGAGGUCUCGUGGAUUCUUCACACAAGAAUAUUGGUACUGGGUAGGAGUGGCGGUAAUGAUUGGAUACAUACUGCUAUCCAACAUCGGUUUCACUCUUGCUCUCACUUUUCUAAACCCAUUUGAGAAGCAUCAAGCUGUUAUAUCAGAAGAAUCCGAAAAUGAUGUUGAAAGAACAGGAGGAUUGGUUCAGUUAUCAUCCAAUGAAAAUUCCUUCAGUUGCAGAACAAGAACAGACAGUGGAGGUGAAAUUAAGAGGAGAACCCCCACAUCCAGGUCAUCAUCGUUAAAAGAGGCCGUUGUUGAAGCCGAGCACAACAAAAGAAGAGGAAUGAUUCUUCCAUUUGAACCACAUUCAAUUACCUUUGAUGAAAUUACAUAUUCUGUUGAUAUGCCUAAGGAAAUGAGAAGUCAGGGCGUCCUUGAGGAUAAAUUGGUGCUUUUGAAGGGUGUAAGUGGUGCUUUUAGGCCAGGAGUCCUCACAGCGCUAAUGGGUGUCAGCGGCGCUGGUAAAACUACUCUGAUGGAUGUUCUGGCUGGCAGGAAAACUAGUGGUUAUAUUGGAGGAAACAUCAAGAUUUCGGGGUACCCAAAGAAGCAAGAAACAUUUGCUAGAAUUUCUGGAUAUUGUGAGCAAAAUGACAUACACUCUCCACAUGUCACUGUGCAUGAGUCCUUGCUCUAUUCUGCUUGGCUUCGUCUUUCCCCUGAAGUAAACAAUGAAACCAGAAUGAUGUUCAUCGAGGAAGUCAUGGAGCUUGUAGAAUUGAAUCCUUUAAGGAAUGCUUUGGUGGGGUUGCCUGGUGUGAAUGGACUGUCAAUCGAGCAACGGAAAAGGCUAACUGUUGCUGUUGAGCUAGUGGCAAACCCAGCUAUAAUAUUCAUGGAUGAACCAACAUCAGGGUUGGAUGCAAGAGCUGCUGCAAUUGUAAUGAGAACAGUGCGAAACACAGUGGACACUGGAAGGACUGUUGUGUGCACCAUCCAUCAACCAAGCAUUGACGUAUUUGAAGCUUUUGAUGAGAUACUCCUAUUGAAGCAAGGAGGACAAGAGAUAUAUGUGGGGCCUCUCGGUCGCCAUUCUUGCCAUCUUAUCAAAUAUUUCGAGGAAAUUCCGGGUGUUGAUAAAAUUAAAGAUGGAUGUAAUCCAGCAACAUGGAUGUUGGAAGUCACCAGCUCAGCUCAAGAAAUAGCUCUGGGGGUUGAUUUGGCUGAAGUUUUCAAAAGAUCAGACCAGCAUAGGAGAAACAAAGCUCUUAUUGAAGACCUAAGCAGGCCUGCUUCCAAUUCAAAGGAACUCUAUUUCCCCACUCAGUACUCGCAGUCAUUUUUUGUCCAAUGUAUGGCUUGCUUAUGGAAACAACAUCGGUCAUAUUGGCGCAACCAACCAUACACGGCAGUUAGAUUCCUCAUGACAACCAUCAUAGCCUUGUUGUUCGGGGUGGUGUUUUGGUCCAUAGGAUCUAAGAAGGAAAAGAAACAAGAUCUUUUUAACGCGAUGGGUUCAAUGUACAUAUCCGUUCUCUUCCUUGGCGUCCAAAAUGCAUCAUCUGUCCAGCCUGUAGUGGCUGUUGAAAGAACAGUCUUCUAUAGAGAAAGAGCAGCUGGAAUGUACUCUGCCUUGCCGUAUGCCUUUGCACAAGUACUGGUUGAAAUCCCGUACGUUUUCGUUCAAGCUGCGGUUUAUGGUGUCGUUGUUUAUUCAAUGAUGCAAUUUGAAUGGGCAGCUGCUAAAUUCUUUUGGUAUUUUUUCUUCAUGUACUUCACAUUCUUGUAUUACACCUUCUAUGGCAUGAUGUCGAUAGCCUUGACACCGAAUCAACUGAUUGCAACGAUCGUCUCAUCGGCAUUUUAUUCGCUGUGGAACCUAUUUUCAGGAUUCUUAAUCCCAAGAACUAGAAUUCCAGUGUGGUGGAGAUGGUAUUGUUGGGUGUGCCCCGUGUCCUGGACCUUGUACGGAUUGCUCACAUCACAAUACGGCGACAUGAAGCACGAGCUAGAUUCGGGCGAAACAGUGGAAGAAUUCUUGAUGAGUUAUUUUGGUUACAGGCAUGAUUUCCUGGGAGUUGUGGCAGCUGUGAUAGUUGGGUUUACCGUCCUGUUUGCAUUCAUUUUCUCCUUUUCCAUUAAGGUGUUCAAUUUUCAGAGGCGUUAGAAGCUUGGGUGACAAGCAAUAGAAUAAUGGGAAGUAAGCUCGUUAACCUAACUGUCACAAUAUGGGGCUUUCUUUGCUUGAUGUAGAAGUAACCUAAUUGUCACAAUAUGUGGCUUUCUUUGCUUGAUGCAGAAGUAACAGAAAGCACCUGUACGUUCUCUCAAACAGUGAACUGGAAUAAGAAUUUUUCGGAAAA